UCCUGUUUGUGUUAGUGUGAGCCAUUCAAUCACCACACACAUUCGAAUCAUCAAACACGACCGGCCAGCAAGUCAAGCAGAGUAUCUCUUUUUGUUUGUAUCAUUUGAUGAUUGCUUCCAUUUGCAAUUAUUCAUCAUCAUCAUCAUCAUCUUUGUUUUUAUGUUGUGUGAAUGAUUUCCAACUAAAUUCGGUUCGGUUUGUGUUUGUGGAUUGUCAACGGAAUUUUUGUUUUGUUUUCUGUUUUUGGAUAAAAGAAUUUUCAUCAUUUUUUUCUUAAUUUGAACGAACCAAAUAAAGUGGAGUGAAACAAAUCGAACGUUAUUGCAAAAAGAGAAUUUUAGGAUUUUAUUGAAUUUGCCGAUAACAUUAAACUAGGACCAAAUAUAAAAUGGGCAUCAAAUUAUCCACCAAACGAAGACGUGGACGUUCAUACAGUUUUACGGAAAAAGAUCGAAAACCCAAUCCUGAAGUGGCCAAUUCUGAUGCGACGAAAAGCGGCAAAGAAUCAAAAAAAUCUAAACGUUCCGUAUCAUCUGCUGCCAAAUUUUCAAGCUCAGCACGCGAAACUUAUGUUGCCAAGAGUUCGGAAACCCCAGCCAAUGGAAAUAUAGCUGCCGUUCCAGAUCCUGCUCCAGCAGCUGAACCAACACCGGCAAAACAAGAAGAACCAAGUUUAACCGAAGAAGUUACCGCUGCCGCCAAUGCAGCUGUUGCGGCCAUUACUGCAAACGCCCAAUCGAAAUUGGUUGAAAUCGCUCAAGAAUCUCAGCAACAACAACAACCACCACCAUCGAAUAAUGAUUCAGCAGCAGCUCCUUCGCAGCCAGAAAUUGCCAAAGAAUCUGUUGCUGCUGAACCAGCCGCCGCUACAAGUACAGAAUCGGAACCAAAACCUAUUGAAACUCCAGAACCGGUCGCCGCUGCUUGUACAGAAUCUGCUAAAGAACCGGAACCAAAAUGUAUCGAAACACCAGAACCACCGGUCGCUGCUGAGCCAGUUAAACAAUCGGAACCGGAACCAGCUUCUGAACCGGUGACUGCAUCGCAGCCAAGUGAAUCUGUGAAAGAAUCUCAACCAAUUGCCGAGCCUGUCAAAGAACCCGAACCAGUAGCCGUCGAACAGGUUCAAGCCGAGCCUGUAGUUGCCGAAGCGGUUGCUGCUCCUAACGAACCGGUGAAAGAGGAAACUAAUGAACCAGUCGUUGAAGCGGCCAAAACACCAGAACCGGCUGCUGAUGAACAAACAUCAAUGAAAGAAUCGGAAUCGAUUGCCCCACCGCCACCACCAGUCACUCAACAGGAACCUGUUGAAUCGGUUGAAACUGUUCCACCACCGCCAGUUGCAGAACCCGAAGCAGUUAAAAAUGAGGAACAGAAAUCGGAAGUUAUCGAAAAAGUUGAAGAGAAUCCGGUCGAACAGAUAUCCGAAGUUUGUACGGUUGAAAAAUCGGAAGAAAAACUUGUGCCCGAAAUCGCUAGUCAACCACCACCACCACCAGCAACAACAAACGAACCAGUCGAAUCUCAACCUGAACAAGUCGAAACCGUUGCAUCAAGUCAACAACAAGAAGAACCAAUUGCCGCUGAAAAAGUGGCAGAAGAAAAAGCAGCCGAAAUGAUGGAAGAUACGAAUAAAGAGAAUGAUUCACAACAAGCUAAUGUCGAUGUUGUUGCCGUAGCGGCCACCAAAUUAGCUGAACAACAACAACAACCUAAUGAUACCAAGGUGGAAAACGUUUUAAAUGGCCACCAUCAUAAUGGUGAGGUGAUCGAAGAAGCGCCCAAGAAUGAAGUCGCCGUCAAUGAUGCGAAUGCACAAGUUGGCGAAUCUCAGGCCGAUGUUCCAGGUGAAAUAGUUUCACUGUAAGAGUGAUAAUGUUUUUAAAAAAUCCUUGAAAUCAAAACAUGAAAAUGCGUUUCAUCCUCACUCUAUCAUUGAAUUAUUGGAAUGCUUUUUUCUCUAUCCUUUUUCAAUUGGAAUGCAUUUUAUCUAUUAAAAACAUGGGCAAAAAAAUUUUGUUUCAUUCAAAAUUAUUACUUAUUUUUUCAUUGUUUGUUUAUUAUUUAAUGAAUAAUAUUUGAUGCUAAAUAAAUAAAAUAUUCACAA